AUGCGCUUUAAAGCGGCGCUUCGGCUUGAGAAAGUGCCAGAGCUCGUGAGCAUAUCGAACGUACUCGCCAAGUAUCACCGACAGGUAAUUCUGCACCUGACGCCGCCCGCUGACGAUCGCAUCGAGUUUAUUGUAUCCAGCACUGGACAUCGAGACGGUUUGGUCGGCCGUGAUCGAGAGCGCGAUGGCGACCUCCUCGCGGUAUGGGCCUCGUUAGAAAAGGUGGCCUGGUUUUCCAGCUAUCAGCUCGAGUCUAAGGCCCAGGAUCACAUUGCUCUGCAGCUGGAACCGACAAGCCUCAGCGGGGCACUGCGUUCGGCGCUACGGGGCCAGCUUGUGCAGCUGCGUUUGCGGCGCAAACUCGGUGCCGUGCUUAGCCUGGAAAUUGCCCUCCACGAUUCAACAGUACCUGAAUGGGACAUCAUCCAGGACGUCGCCGUGGAGGUGCUGCCACCAGCUCGCCUACAGGAGCUACGCGAGCCGCCGGUGACCGCUGGCGCACGCGGCGUGGUGCUGUCUUGCCCCGAACGCCUCCAUGCUGCCGCGAAGCGCCUACGAGCACUUCAUCGAUACAGUAUAACAGAAAUGGAACCGCUCUGUGCCCAUUUAAGCAUUGAAGUGAAGCGAGAAACAUCAUCGACGGCACGUCUUCGCCUCUCGGUGCCGACGACAACCAUCCGAGUCGGUCUGACAUUCACUGAACUGAAACUGGCGUAUGUGGAAGGUGAAUGCCCCGAUGCACCUCCGGGUUCAGCAGCUGCCCCGGGACACGCGGACGAUAAUAACAGCUCGGCUGCUGCCGUGCAUCACCUGAUAAGCGCAAAGAUUCCGGUGGGCGCUCUAGCGAAUGCGCUCGAAGCGCGUCUAGUCCAUCCACAACAGACGUUUUGUUUCGUGCUCACGGAUUUCGUCCUGCUUCAUUUCGCUGGUGAGGAAUUCGAAUUCUCCUGUUAUGUGCCGCGAUAUGAAGAGGACGAAACCCUCGAUCGACUCUGA